GUUUUAGGGUGUCAACUUCCUGUUUGGGUUGCAAGAGACGACUCCUUUAUGAAGUCUUCCUCUGUGUAUCUACAUAUUAACGCUAGCGUCUUAUUUUCUCUAAACAAGUCAAAUAAACACGACAGAAGAUGUCGGAAACGGGGAACCGGCUACGCAAACUGCUCGAAUCGCCCAAUUUCGACCCGCAAAACCACGUCAAGCAGCUGUCACAGCAGUCUGACGGCGACAGAGACCUGCAGGAGCAUCGUCAGAAAAUCCAAACCUUGGCCGACGAGACGGCUCAAAACCUGAAGAAAAAUGUCUACAAGAACUACAGACAGUUUAUCGAAACGGCCAAAGAGAUUUCCUACCUAGAGAGUGAAAUGUACCAGCUGAGUCACAUCCUGACGGAACAGAAGAGCAUCAUGGAGAGCAUCACGCAGGCCUUGCUGUCCACGGACAAAGACGAGACCUCCAAGGAGAUGCAGGCUGCUUUCCCCAAAGAAACAGAGGAGCUGAAGCAGAGGACGCUGACCUCACUGCUGGAGAAGGUGGAGGGGGGCAAAAACAUCAUGGACACCCCGGGGAGGCACUUGGUUUAUAAUGGGGACCUUGUUGAGUUUGAUGUAGACAACAUGUCCCCCAUCCAGAAGGUGCACGCUUUCCUGAUGAAUGACUGCCUGUUGAUUGCCACCUGGCUGCCAAACCGCCGGGGCACUGUGAAGUACAAAUACAACGCCCUGUACGACCUGGAGAGCUUUGCCGUGGUCAACGUCAAAGACAACCCUCCCAUGAAGGACAUGUUCAAGAUCCUCAUGUUCCCAGACAGCCGCAUCUUCCAGGCGGAGAACAGCAAAAUCAAAAAGGAGUGGCUGGAGAUCUUAGACGAAACCAAGAAGAGCAAAGUCACCAAGGACACUCACAAGAAAGAGGAGGAGGUCCCCACUUCUCCCGUGAGGGCCGAGGUGUCCACCAACCCCUUCGAGAUGGAUGAGGACGAGCCGGAGGAAGCUGAAGAAAACGUGGAUCUCAGCCUGGAGUGGAUCCAGGAGCUGCCCGAGGAUCUGGACGUGUGCAUCGCUCAGAGAGACUUUGAGGGCGCAGUGGACCUGCUGGACAAGCUCAACGAGUAUCUCAAAGACCAGCCUGUCACCCAGAGAGUCAAAGAGCUGAGGUCCAAGGUGGAUGAGCGUGUGAGGCAGCUGACAGAGGUCCUGGUGUUCGAGUUGUCUCCAGAUCGGUCACUCCGCGGUGGACCGAAAGCAACCAGGCGUGCCGUGUCCCAGCUGAUCAGACUAGGCCAGAGCACCAAGGCCUGUGAGCUGUUUCUGAAGAACCGGGCCGCUGCAGUCCAGACGGCCAUACGGCAGCUUCGCAUCGAAGGAGCCACGCUACUCUACAUCCACAAACUCUGCAACAUCUUCUUCACCAGCUUGCUGGAGACGGCUAAGGAGUUCGAGAUGGACUUUGCGGGGAACACAGGCUGCUACUCCGCCUUCGUGGUCUGGUCCAGAUCAGCCAUGAGGAUGUUUGUGGAUGCCUUCAGCAAGCAGGUGUUCGACAGUAAGGAGAGCCUGUCGACAGCAGCAGAGUGUGUGAAAGUGGCUAAAGAGCACUGCCAGCAGCUGACUGAGAUCGGCCUGGACCUGACCUUCACCCUGCAGUCCCUGCUGGUCAAAGACAUCAAGGCAGGACUGCUGAGCUACAAGGACAUUAUCAUCGAAGCCACCAAGCACAGAAACUCUGAGGAGAUGUGGAGGAGGAUGAACCUCAUGACGCCUGAGGCUCUGACUAAACUCAAGGACGAGAUGCGCAGCUGUGGCAUGGGCAGCUUCGAGCAGUACACGGGCGACGACUGCUGGGUGAACCUGAGCUACACCAUCGUGGCUUUCACCAAGCAGAUGAUGAGCUUCUUGGAGGAAGGCCUGAAGCUCUACUUCCCCGAGCUGCACAUGGUGCUGCUGGAGAGCUUGAGGGAGAUCAUCCUGGUGGCCGUGCAGCACGUGGACUACAGCCUUCGCUGCGAGCAGGACCCCGAGAAGAAAUCCUUCAUCAUGCAGAACGCCACCUUCCUCCACGACACCGUGCUGCCCGUGGUGGAGCGGAGGUUUGAGGAGGGCGUUGGGAAGCCGGCCAAACAGCUACAGGACCUGAGGAAAAGCACCAGGCCGGUCCGAAUCAACCCAGAGAGCACCACGUCUGUGGUCUGAGACUGAUGGGAACUACUUUAAGUCAUGCGAGACUGCAAAACGGCCAAACACAAACGUAAACAUUGUUUUACUGACUUUUGUGGCAAUCUCAACCCCCAUUUUAGGAAGAACUGCCAGAUAUCAGUUGUUUUGAGAUUGCAAAACAGGAAAUGACACUAUGCACGAUGGAGUAGAGAUGCACUUCAUAAAUAAACAUCAUCAGUGGUCUAAUAUUAUUAGUUGUCUGCCUCAGUUUGCUGAUUGUGGAUUCAGGUCACAUAUUAUAACUGAGAGCAGCAGAAUAAGAUACCUUAAGAUAGGUAUAUAUUAAAAGCACCUGAAUUUGUGGGUGAAAAAUUAGUAUUGCUUUCAAAAAUCCAUAUUACUGCAUCAAAUAUGUAUUUUUGAACAAUGAACUCCCACAUUGGCUAUUUAGUCACAUUGAACUGUGUUUUUUCAUGUCAGGGUGUAGUGAUCGCCAAGAAGUGCACUGUUCCUUAUGUGUAAGACGUGUGAUGAAUCCAUGUUCCUUCAGGACACAUUUCAAACUGGACAAACAGCCUAUAAAUGUAUGUGAAGAUUCUAACCAGACUAGUAAUAUUAUGUACAGAUUUGCGCACGUUUGACCUUGUUUUCUCUGAAAUAUCAUGACACACUUGAUUAGACGUUGGCCAAAAUCUGAUCUUAUUGGAAUAUGUUUGUAUUCUCAAUGAAAAGCUGAUCUUUAUGCUGUUUGGAAGUAAUCUACUAUGAUGUUUGAUUCAGACUCACUCAGCUCUUAUUGUCAGGCCACAGGACCGUUAUUGUACACUAAAUAUUAGCUAGAGGGACUGAUUUAAAAGGGAUGACUGAAAAGCUAAUGCACUGUCAAAUGUUUGUGUUUUAACACAUGAAAAUGAAUAAAGAUCAUCUUGCACAAG